GUGGGUGGGGUGUGGAGCGGGACCGGAGCUGCAGCCGCCUCGGCCGCCGCCUUCAGAGUCUGGCUUGUGCCUGGUGCUACCGGGACGAUGCGGCCGGGACCCGGAGGCUGCUGCUACCGUCGCCCGGUGGGGCCGAACGGCUGCGUGGCGAACGGGGAAGUACGGAACGGGUACGUGAGGAGCAGCGCCGCUGCUGCCGCAGCCGCCGCCGGCCAGGUCCAUCAUGUUACACAAAAUGGAGGACUUUACAAAAAACCGUUUAAUGAAGCUUUUGAAGAAACCCCAAUGCUGGUUGCUGUGCUUACGUAUGUGGGGUAUGGUGUACUCACUCUCUUUGGAUAUCUUCGAGAUUUCCUGAGGCAUUGGAGAAUUGAAAAGUGUCACCAUGCAACAGAAAGAAAAGAACAACAGGACUUUGUGUCCUUGUAUCAGGAUUUCGAAAACUUCUAUACAAGGAACCUCUACAUGAGGAUUAGAGACAACUGGAAUCGGCCGAUCUGUAGUGUGCCCGGAGCCAGGGUGGACAUCAUGGAGAGGCAGUCUCAUGACUACAACUGGUCGUUCAAGUACACAGGGAAUAUAAUUAAAGGCGUUAUAAACAUGGGGUCCUACAACUAUCUUGGAUUUGCCCGGAAUACUGGGUCAUGUCAAGAAGCAGCUGCCAGAGUUCUAGAGGAGUAUGGGGUUGGAGUGUGCAGCACUCGGCAGGAAAUUGGAAACCUGGACAAGCAUGAAGAGUUGGAGAAGCUUGUGGCAAGUUUCUUGGGAGUAGAAGCUGCUAUGGCAUAUGGCAUGGGAUUUGCAACAAAUUCAAUGAACAUUCCUGCUCUGGUUGGCAAAGGUUGCCUGAUUUUGAGUGACGAACUAAACCACGCGUCGCUGGUUCUAGGAGCCAGACUCUCAGGAGCAACCAUUCGAAUCUUCAAACACAACAAUAUGCAAAGCCUAGAGAAGCUGUUGAAAGAUGCCAUUGUUUAUGGUCAGCCUCGGACUCGGAGGCCCUGGAAGAAAAUUCUAAUCCUUGUGGAGGGAAUAUAUAGCAUGGAGGGGUCCAUUGUCCGCCUUCCUGAAGUGAUUGCCCUAAAGAAGAAGUACAAGGCAUACUUAUAUCUAGACGAGGCUCACAGUAUCGGGGCCCUGGGCCCCACCGGCCGAGGGGUGGUGGACUACUUUGGCCUGGAUCCUGAGGAUGUGGACGUUAUGAUGGGAACAUUCACAAAGAGUUUUGGUGCUUCUGGAGGAUACAUUGGAGGCAAGAAGGAGCUGAUAGACUAUCUGCGAACACAUUCUCACAGUGCAGUGUACGCCACAUCACUGUCCCCACCUGUCGUGGAGCAGAUUGUCACCUCUAUGAAGUGCAUCAUGGGGCAGGAUGGCACUACCCUUGGCAAAGAAUGUAUACAGCAGUUAGCUGAAAACACCAGGUAUUUCAGAAGACGUCUGAAAGAGAUGGGCUUCAUCAUCUAUGGGAAUGAAGAUUCUCCAGUGGUGCCUUUGAUGCUCUACAUGCCGGCCAAAAUUGGCGCCUUUGGACGGGAGAUGCUGAAGCGGAAUAUCGGGGUAGUUGUGGUGGGAUUUCCUGCUACUCCGAUUAUCGAGUCCAGAGCCCGGUUUUGCCUGUCAGCAGCUCAUACCAAAGAAAUACUUGAUACCGCUUUAAAAGAGAUAGAUGAAGUUGGGGACCUAUUGCAACUGAAGUAUUCUCGUCAUCGGUUGGUACCUCUACUGGACAGGCCCUUUGACGAGACUACGUAUGAAGAAACAGAAGACUGAGCCUUUUUGGUGCUCCCUCGGAGGAACUCUCCCUUGCCCAGGACAGUGUGCGGCCUUUCUGAGCCAGUGCCAGGAACCAUACUUCUGUGGCCAUCUCACGUGAAAGACAUUUCCUCAACUACUGACGGUGGCCACCUCACUCUAAACGGCAUUUUGUAAAUAGUAAAAAACUGCUUCACAUUCUUCCUUUGCUGCAUUUCACCUUUCAAAAAAGAGGUGACCCACUCUUUUUUUUGUCCAUUAAAAAUGUUUUAUUUUAUAACUCUUCUCCUUGUGAAAUCACGCUGACCCUAGCCUAUCCCUGGCUGACCACGCAGGCCCUUACCCUCUCCCCGCCACCUGCGGACGUGGCCCUCCAGAAGCUCCCACUGGCCUCGGCACUGCAGCCGGGAGACUCACCCGGCCCUCCUUCCCAGGGAGCAAGUGCCUUCCUCUUCCUUCCCAUCCAAGACUCAGAGGUCACCAGCCUCAGAAUCCUGAUUUAACCAGUUAAGGAUUCAACCAAAGUGUUCUUUUCAUCUCAAGUUUAGCCAUCUAAGAAAAUCUAUAAACACUAAAAAAAAACCCUCAUUGUGUAUCUCCCCCUGGCCAGCAGCCUCCCAAGGCGUGGUCUUGUUCCAUUUUGUUCUGGUCACCAAAUGAUUCCUUCCUUGACCAUCAAGUAUUUCUUCGUAAUGGUCCCUGUCUGAGGGCUAUGUCCAAUUUCUGGGUUUUUCCCAAGCUCUAAACUAACACUCCCACCUGCUAUUUAAAACACUUAAAUUGUUCAAAAGGUUCCCACCUCCCACCUUGGUCAGACCCGUGUGGUGAAGCUGACUCACACCUCACUGUGUGCUGUGUCUACAGCUGUUUGGCAGGCUGACCUCCGUCCCCAAGGGUCAGAGGGCGGGGCAGCGUGGGGAGAACGGAUUACUCCUGGCGGAACAUCUGUGGUUGAUUCGUCCUGUUUUCUACUUUCCUGCCUGGGUCUGGGCCCAGAUUAGGAUUUAAACUGAUAAAGGAAAAUGUUGGUAAAUCCUCUGCUCAGAAAUCAUUUGUCAUGUUCCUGUUUAAGGAUUAAAGUUAUUAAUUUACCCUU